AGUUGCUGAUAUGUGUUCAAGAUGAGUGGGAUGGGAGAAAAUACCUCUGACCCUUCCAGGGCAGAGACAAGGAAGCGCAAGGAAUGUCCUGACCAACUUGGACCCAGCCCCAAAAGGAGCACUGAGAAACGUAAUCGUGAACAGGAAAAUAAAUAUAUAGAAGAACUUGCAGAGCUCAUUUUUGCAAAUUUUAAUGAUAUAGACAACUUUAACUUCAAGCCUGACAAAUGUGCAAUCUUAAAAGAAACUGUGAAGCAAAUUCGUCAGAUCAAAGAACAGGAGAAAGCAGCAGCUGCCAACAGAGAUGAAGUGCAGAAGUCAGAUGUUUCAUCUACAGGACAGAGUGUCAUCGACAAGGAUGCGCUGGGGCCUAUGAUGCUGGAGGCCCUUGAUGGGUUCUUCUUUGUAGUGAACCUGGAAGGCAACGUGGUGUUUGUCUCAGAGAAUGUAACACAGUAUCUAAGGUAUAACCAAGAAGAGCUGAUGAACAAAAGUGUAUAUAGCAUCCUUCAUGGUGGGGACCACACUGAAUUUGUCAAAAACCUGCUGCCAAAGUCUAUAGUGAAUGGGGGCUCUUGGUCUGGGGAACCUCCGAGGCGGAACAGCCAUACCUUCAAUUGUCGGAUGCUGGUAAAAUCUUUACCUGAUUCGGAAGAGGAAAGUCAUGAUAACCAGGAAGCACAUCAGAAAUAUGAAACUAUGCAGUGCUUUGCUGUUUCUCAACCUAAGUCCAUCAAAGAAGAAGGCGAAGAUUUGCAGUCCUGCUUGAUUUGUGUGGCAAGAAGAGUGCCCAUGAAGGAAAGACCAGUUCUUCCCUCAUCAGAAAGUUUCACUACUCGUCAGGAUCUCCAAGGCAAGAUUACUUCACUGGAUACCAGCACCAUGCGGGCAGCCAUGAAGCCAGGCUGGGAGGACCUGGUGAGGAGGUGCAUUCAGAAGUUCCACGCACAGCAUGAAGGGGAAUCUGUGUCCUAUGCUAAGCGGCACCAUCACGAAGUACUAAGACAAGGACUGGCAUUCAGUCAAAUCUAUCGUUUUUCCUUGUCCGACGGCACUCUUGUUGCUGCCCAAACGAAGAGCAAACUCAUCCGUUCUCAGACUACUAAUGAACCUCAGCUUGUAAUAUCUUUACAUAUGCUUCACAGGGAGCAGAGUGUGUGUGUAAUGAAUCCGGAUCUGACUGGACAAGCUAUGGGGAAGCCAUUGAAUCCAAUUAGCUCUAGCAGCCCUGCCCAUCAGGCCAUGUGCGGUGGGAACCCAGGUCAGGACAUGACCCUGAGUAGCAAUAUAAAUUUUCCCAUAAAUGGCCCAAAGGAACAAAUGGGCAUGCCCAUGAGCAGGUUUGGUGGUUCUGGGGGAAUGAACCAUGUGUCAAGCAUGCAAGCAACCACUCCUCAGGGUAGUAACUAUGCACUCAAAAUGAACAGUCCCUCACAGAGCAGCCCUGGUAUGAACCCAGGACAGCCCAACUCCAUGCUUUCGCCACGACACCGCAUGAGCCCAGGAGUGGCCGGAAGCCCUCGAGUCCCACCCAGUCAGUUUUCCCCUGCAGGAAGCUUGCAUUCCCCUGUGGGGGUUUGCAGCAGUACAGGAAAUAGCCAUAGCUACACCAACAGUUCCCUCAAUGCACUUCAAGCCCUCAGUGAGGGGCAUGGAGUCUCGUUAGGGUCAGCGUUGGCUUCACCGGACCUAAAACUGGGCAAUUUGCAAAACUCCCCAGUUAAUAUGAAUCCUCCCCAACUCAGCAAGAUGGGAAGCUUAGACUCCAAAGAUUGUUUUGGACUUUAUGGGGAGCCAUCUGAAGGUACAACUGGGCAAGCAGAGAGCAGCUGCCAUCCUGGGGAGCAAAAGGAGACAAAUGAUUCCAACAUGGCGCCGACUGGGAGCAGCGAGAGACCCGACGGGCAGAGUAGACUGCAUGACAGCAAAGGGCAGACCAAACUCUUGCAGCUGCUGACCACCAAAUCAGAUCAGAUGGAGCCUUCACCCUUAUCCAGCUCUUUGUCAGACACCAACAAGGACUCAGCAAACAGCCUGCCUGGCUCUGGGUCAACACAUGGAACCUCGCUCAAGGAGAAGCAUAAAAUUUUGCACAGACUCUUGCAGGACAGCAGUUCUCCUGUGGACUUGACUAAGUUAAUUGCAGAAGCCACCGGCAAAGAGCUGAACCAGGAGUCUGGCAGCACAGCUCCAGGUUCAGAAGUGACUAUUAAACAGGAGCCAGUUAGCCCCAAGAAAAAAGAGAAUGCACUACUUCGCUAUUUGCUAGAUAAAGACGAUACAAAAGAUAUUGGUUUACCAGAAGUAACUCCCAAACUUGAGCGACUGGACAGUAAGACAGACCCAGCCAGUAACACAAAAUUAAUAGCUAUGAAAUCUGAGAAGGAGGACAUGAUCUUUGAAUCUAGUGACCAGCCUGGCAGUGAGCUGGACAACUUGGAGGAAAUUUUGGAUGAUUUGCAGAAUAGUCAGUUACCACAGCUUUUCCCAGAUACGAGGCCAGGCGCCCCUGCUGGAUCAGUUGACAAGCAAGCCAUCAUCAAUGACCUCAUGCAACUUACAGCAGAAAACAGCCCUGUUACACCUGUUGGAGCCCAGAAAACAGCACUGCGAAUUUCACAGAGCACUUUUAAUAACCCACGACCAGGGCAACUGGGCAGGUUAUUGCCAAACCAGACUUUACCACUUGACAUCACAUUGCAAAGCCCAACUGGUGCUGGACCAUUCCCACCAAUCAGAAACAGUAGUCCAUACUCAGUGAUACCUCAGCCAGGAAUGAUGGGUAAUCAAGGGAUGAUAGGAAACCAAGGAAAUUUAGGGAACAGUAGCACAGGCAUGAUUGGUAGUAAUCCUUCCCGGCCCACCAUGCCAUCUGGAGAAUGGGCACCACAGAGUUCUGCUGUGAGAGUCACCUGUGCUGCCACCACCGGUGCCAUGAAUCGGCCAAUCCAAGGAAGUAUGAUUCGGAACCCAGCAGCCAGCAGCAUCCCCAUGAGACCUAACAGCCAGCCUGGCCAAAGACAGAUGCUUCAGUCUCACGUCAUGAGUAUAGGGCCAUCUGAAUUAGAGAUGAGUAUGGGGGGACCUCAGUAUAGCCAACAACAAGCACCUCCAAAUCAGACUGCCCCCUGGCCUGACAGCAUCCUCCCGAUUGACCAGGCAUCUUUUGCCAACCAAAACAGGCAGCCAUUUGGCAGCUCUCCUGAUGACUCGCUGUGUCCACAUCCUGCAUCAGAGUCCCCAAGUGAUGAGGGGGCACUCCUGGAUCAACUCUAUUUGGCCUUGCGGAACUUCGAUGGCCUGGAGGAGAUUGAUAGAGCUUUGGGAAUACCCGAGCUGGUCAGCCAGAGCCAAGCAGUGGAUCCAGAACAGUUCUCAAGUCAGGAUUCCAACAUCAUGAUGGAGCAGAAGGCCCCUGUUUUCCCACAGCAGUAUGCUUCUCAGGCACCAAUGUCCCAGGGUAACUAUCCCCCCAUGCAAGAUCCAAACUUUCAUACCAUGGGACAGCGAUCUAGCUAUGCCACGCUUCGCAUGCAGCCCAGACCAGGCCUCAGGCCCACUGGCCUUGUGCAGAACCAACCAAAUCAACUGCGACUUCAACUUCAGCAUCGCCUCCAAGCACAGCAGAACCGCCAGCCACUGAUGAAUCAAAUCAGCAAUGUUUCAAAUGUGAACUUGACUCUGAGGCCUGGAGUACCAACACAGGCACCUAUUAAUGCACAGAUGUUGGCCCAGAGACAGAGGGAAAUCCUGAACCAGCAUCUCCGGCAGAGACAAAUGCAUCAGCAACAGCAAGUUCAGCAACGAACUCUGAUGAUGAGAGGACAAGGGUUGAACAUGACGCCAAGCAUGGUGGCUUCUGGUGGGAUACCAGCAACUAUGAGCAACCCCCGGAUUCCUCAGGCCAAUACACAGCAGUUUCCAUUUCCUCCAAACUACGGAAUAAGUCAGCAACCUGAUCCAGGCUUCACUGGGGCUACAACUCCCCAGAGUCCUCUGAUGUCACCCAGAAUGGCACACACCCAGAGCCCCAUGAUACAGCAGUCUCCAGCAAAUCCUGCCUACCAGGCCUCCUCAGACAUGAAUGGGUGGGCGCAGGGGAAUAUGGGAGGAAACAGCAUGUUUUCACAGCAGUCUCCGCCACACUUUGGGCAGCAAGCAAACACCAGCAUGUACAAUAACAACAUGAACAUCAAUGUAUCCCUGGCGACCAACACAAGUGGUAUGAACAACAUGAACCAGAUGACGGGACAGAUCAGCAUGACCUCAGUGACCUCUGUGCCUACAUCAGGGUUGCCCUCCAUGGGUCCUGAGCAGGUUAAUGAUCCUGCUCUGAGGGGAGGCAACCUAUUCCCAAACCAACUGCCUGGAAUGGAAAUGAUUAAGCAGGAGGGAGAUGCAUCACGGAAAUACUGCUGACACUGAUGGUAGCUGGUUGCUUCUUUCUUCAGCUGACCGGGCUCAAUUGCUCAAAACACCUACCAUUCUGGAGAGCUGCGUUCACUUGUACUGACCCACUGACCUGCCA